CUUUUAAUAGGCGUAGAUAAAAAUUCCAGGGUUAUGAGCUAAGCUAGGGCUUCAGAAGAAAGGAAAGAAGCAGCCGCCGAUCUUAACCCCCGCCCUGUCUGUCUCCCCCCCGUGAUAGGAGAUCAUGGCGACUCAGAUAAGCAAGAAGCGAAAAUUCGUGGCCGAUGGAGUCUUCUUCGCGGAGUUGAACGAGGUGCUCACCAGAGAGCUUGCGGAGGAUGGCUACUCCGGCGUCGAGGUUAGGGUUACCCCCAUGAGAACCGAGAUCAUCAUCAGGGCUACUCGGACCCAGAAUGUACUCGGUGAGAAGGGGAGAAGGAUUAGGGAAUUGACUUCAGUGGUCCAGAAAAGAUUCAAUUUUCCGGAGAACAGCGUCGAGCUGUAUGCUGAGAAGGUUAACAAUAGGGGACUCUGGGCUAUUGCGCAGGCCGAGUCGCUUCGGUACAAACUCCUUGGAGGCCUCGCUGUUCGGAGGGCAUGCUAUGGUGUUCUGAGGUUUAUCAUGGAAAGUGGUGCCAAGGGAUGUGAGGUGAUUGUAAGUGGAAAGCUUAGGGCACAACGUGCUAAAUCCAUGAAGUUCAAGGAUGGAUACAUGAUUUCUUCUGGCCAGCCUGUUAAUGAGUAUAUCGACUCAGCAGUGAGACAUGUUCUUCUGAGACAGGUGGAGCUUUCUCCAGCGGGUAUUGGAGGCGUACGGCUUUCACAGGCGAUGGAUUGGUUGGGUCAUGGGGUGUGUCCGGGAGCCAAAAUUCUCUAUUUUGGUCAACGGCACACCAUCAUCUUUUUUCGAGUCUACUAUGGGGUUGCGGCAGGGAUGUCCCUUAUCCCCAUAUUUGUUCAUUAUCUGUGCUGAUAUUUUGUCACGUGCUUUGCAGCGUGUCUACGCCAGCCGGGAGAUGGAGGCCUUCACUCCAACACCGGGGGCCCGACCGCUCUCCCACUUAUUUUUUGCUGAUGAUUGUCUUCUCCUGACCAAGGCACGAGUUGCUGAGGCACGGGUUCUUCGCAGGGUGGUGGCGGACUAUUGCACGACGUCCGGCCAGAGAGUGAACCUCAUGAAGUCAGCUAUCACUUUCAGCCCCAGCACGGAGACCAGAGUCCGGCAGGAGAUCCGGGAGAUACUGCAGAUACCAGAGCAGGAGGGGAUGUUGACCUACUUGGGAGUUCCCAUCCCUGGCCGGAGGCUACGAGUGGCAGAGUGUUCGGGCCUAGUACAGCGGGUCCAGAGUAGGUUGGAGGAAUGGAGGGCGUCUUCCCUAUCCAUGAUGGGGAGAUUGACUCUGAUCAGAUCAGUGUUGGGGUCCAUGCCGAUGUAUCUCAUGGCCAACUCUGUGGUGCCGAAGACGACUUUGUUGAGGAUUGAGCGUCUUCUUCGGAGCUUCUUAUGGGGAUCCCACAGUGGGGGCCACGGAGUGCAUCUGGUGGCUUGGGAGCAGAUCUGCCAUCCGACCAGUGAGGGUGGUUUGGGGGUGCAGUCCCUCCUGGAGAGGCGCGAGGCUUUCAUUGCUCGGCACGCGGUUCAGUUUAUGCUUGAGCCGCACAGCCUCUGGAGUCAGGUGAUGGCAGCUAGAUAUAGCCCAGGGGUCCUACAGGUGGCCCGGAGGGGGCGCCGGGUUUCUUUCAUGUGGUGCGAGAUUGGGAGGUACAUGCCGAUCGCAUCGGCAAACACCAGGUGGUUGAUAGGGGACGGCAGGAGCAUUGAUGUGACCAACGAUCCGUGGGUAGACACCCUUCCUCUGCGGUGUUGGCCGACUAUGGUAGACACAGAGGCAGUAGAGGGACUGCGGGUAUGUGAUCUCCUAGUUGCAGAUGGAGCAGAGUGGGAUGAGACCAGACUUCGACGGCUGUUCGGGGCGCACCUAGCUGCGAGGAUUCGAUCCCUUCCGUUACCAGGAUGUGCAGGGCCGGAUGUUACGGUUUGGGGUACCUCGAGCCGGGCCAGGGUUAGGCUGGGAGACCUUUCCCGUGUUAUCCAGCCAGAGCAUGAGCGGGGGCCGGAUUGCACUUGGAUCUGGAGGUCCGGACUCCACCCGCGUGCAGCCCUUUUCUUAUGAAAGGUAUUUUGGGACCGCCUUCCGACGAGAGCAGUGCUGAGCAGGCGUGGUUGGGGGAUCCCCGCAGAGUGUGGGACGUGUGGAGCUGAGGAGUCGGUGGACCAUGUGCUUUUUCAGUGCACUUGGGCGAGGUCGACAUGGCAGUGGGCCGAGGUCUCGCAGGAGGCUCGGAGCGCGAGGCUACAGUUUCUCCAGGUGAUUCGGCAGGGGCUUGCCAGUUCGAGUACCCGGCUGGAGGCCUUUAGAGCGACUUGCACAGCACAUCAGAUUUGGCUGGCCAGGAACGCUCGUACUCUCGGAGAGCGCAGGGUGUCACCGAGGUUUGUUGCGGAGCUUGCCCGAGCACAGGCCAUGGAGAUCAGGCCCACCCCUUUGGAUAUAUCUUUGAUAGCUCGGGACACCUGGGGUUCCCCCUCUGCUACGGCAGCUCCUCAGAUGGUGUUUUUCACCUGGGAGCCCCCACCCCCGAGUUUCCUCAAGGUCAAUUUUGACGGGUCGGUGUUGGAUGGCGGUGCGCGGGGCGGUGCAGGCUUUGUCAUACGGGGCCCGCAUUCCAAGGUGGUGGCAGCAGGUGGCUGCCAGCUGUUCGACACAUUGGUACCAGGGGCAGAGCUGCGAGCUGCCUGGGCGGGUCUGCGUCAUGCGCGAGUGGUGCUGCAGGCUAGUUCGAUUAUUCUGGAGGGCGACUCGGCCACGGUUAUUCGAUGGAUUCAGAUGGGGCCACGGGGAGACGGCACAGACCACCCCUUGGUCCGUGACAUUGAGAUGAUGAUGAGAGAUGGGGGGUCCUUCGGGCCAAGCAUGUAUUCAGAGAGGCCAAUGGGGCAGCUGACUGGGUGGCGGCCUACGCGGCCCACCACUCAGAGUACACCCUUUGGUCAUGAGAGGGAGAGCUACCACCAGCACUCCGUGAGUUGUUGUAUUUUGAUUUUCUUGGGUGUAUUCGUACACGUAUUGUAUGAAAUACCCGUUUCAAGCAAAAAAAAAAAAAAAAAAA